GACAUAUUAAGCUUCUUUUUAGAAAGUCAACUUCACAAACACACACCUCUUCAGUUUUUGUCUUCUCCUCCUUAAUUAAUUGCUUCAUAUCAAAUUCCAUAACAUAAUGGGUUCUAUUCUUGGUUCUCAGAAGACUCAAGGGACCAAAGAAGAGAUGGAAACAGCGUUGAAUAAAACUAAACAGAUCGCUGCCUCUUCCCCCGUCUUUGUCUUCAGUAAGACUUAUUGUGGUUACUGCAAAAGGGUCAAGGAUCUACUCAAACAGCUAGGAGCAACCUACAAGGUCCUUGAAAUGGAUAUAGAAAGUGAUGGAGAUGAGAUUCAUGCAGCAUUAACUGAGUGGACAGGGCAAAGGACAGUACCUAAUGUGUUUAUUGGAGGCAAGCACAUUGGUGGUUGUGACUCUAUUUUGGAGAAACACCGUGCAGGUCAAUUGAUUCCUCUUCUCACUGAUGCUGGAGCCAUCGCCAAGAACUCUGCUCAGCUCUGAAUAGUCACAUAAUGUUUCUGGAACUACUAGUAUUUGCUAAAGUUUGUGACAUUACUUUGUAUGAAUAUAAAAUACACAAAACAAGCAUGUGUAAUAAUAUACACUUAUGUUAGUAGAGAUAUAGUUGGUUAUAACUAUAUAAUUCUAAAAUAUGUGAAAGAGGAUCAUCUUAGUGGUUAA